AUGGGGCGACGCAAAGAAGAGACCGAAGAGGAGGAAGAAAGUGAGUACGUCUACGAGUAUGAGGAAGAGACGGUGUCGGACAGUGCGGAGAGCGACCGCGCCAAGAAGGAGCCACCGCGACCGCGCCGAGAUAGUGCACGUCUCGUUCCCGCGACCGAGACCGUGGGUCCAAGGGACGUGACCGCAGCCGAGGAAGCCGCGGGCGAAGCCGCCGCAGGCGUUCCCGGUCCCGUACGAGAGAUGAAGAUCGAGUGCCGUCGCCCACCUAUUCCACAGAGGACCUGUGGCGACGAUUGCAGCAUUUGGGCACUUGGAAAGGUCUAG